UGACUUAUGACUGACAGAUGAAAAGUUGAUUGGAAGUAAAAAUAUACAAUUCAUGCUGUAGCUGUAGUGUAAAAACUGAACUGAAAAUUUGAAGAAAGCCAUAAAAUAAAGACCUUGCAAGAAACAUGUCCAAGAUUAAUGAGGUGUCUAAUUUGUACAAACAACUGAAAUCAGAAUGGAACACAUCCAAUCCAAAUUUAAGCAAAUGUGAAAAGCUUUUGUCAGAUUUGAAGCUUGAGCUAACACACUUAAUGUUCCUUCCAACUUCAAACGCCACUGCUUCAAAACAAGAACUUCUUCUGGCAAGAGAUGUUCUGGAAAUUGGGGUACAAUGGAGUAUAGCUGCAAAUGAUAUACCUGCCUUUGAAAGAUACAUGGCACAGUUGAAAUGUUAUUAUUUCGAUUAUAAGAAUCAACUUCCCGAAUCUUCUUUCAAAUAUCAGUUACUGGGUCUGAAUUUACUAUUUUUAUUAUCACAAAAUAGAGUGGCAGAGUUCCACACAGAAUUAGAAUUGUUGCCUGCUGACCACAUUCAGAAUGAUGUAUACAUCAGGCACCCUCUAUCUAUUGAACAGUACCUUAUGGAAGGAAGUUAUAAUAAGAUAUUUCUGGCAAAGGGAAAUGUCCCAGCAACAAAUUACAAUUUUUUUAUGGAUAUACUUCUAGAUACUAUCAGAGGGGAGAUUGCAGAUUGUCUAGAGAAAGCAUAUGAAAAAAUAUCAAUUAAAGAUGUUGCUAGGAUGCUAUACUUGGGCAGUGAAGAAUCGGCCAAGGCCUUUGUAACAAAGAGUAAGACAUGGAAAUUAGAAAAGGACAACUUCUUUCACUUCACGCCCGAGGUUAAAAAGACACAUGAGCCAAUUCCAUCCAAAGAAUUGGCACAACAAGCUAUUGAAUAUGCAAAAGAACUGGAAAUGAUUGUUUAAAGUAAUAAAGUUUUUCAAUUGAAAA